UUAUAAGCAUUUUGCGUCAACAUCACUAUCACUUCUAUCUUAUGUUACCACAUCUCUUCACAAUAAAGAGUCCAAAAAUCUGAAACCAGAUAGAAAUUAAAUAGUAUCUAUUUCAAGAAAUGGAGCUCUGGAAAUCCAUUGUGUUGUUUAAUUCUGUUUUAAUAUUUAUUGGUUGUGUGAGUUCACUUCCAUCCAAGCAAGAUGGUUUCUGGUAUGAGAACAGAAUCGCCAAAACAGAAUCAAUAUUAAUCGAGGCCUUCUUUGAUCCAGUUUGCCCUGACAGUAAAGCUUCAUGGCCCCCCCUCAAGCUAGCUCUCCAGCACUACGGUUCUCGUGUCUCUCUCGUUGUUCAUCCCUUCCCUUUACCUUACCAUGACAAUGCAUUUAUCACCUCGCGCGCGUUGCACAUUAUCAAUAAGUUGAAUACUUCUGCCACAUACAGAUUACUGGAGUCUUUCUUUGAUCACCAGGAUGAGUUUUAUAACAAAGCAACUUUCAACUUGCCCAAAGCAUCUGUUGUGGAUAAAGUUGCAAAAUUUACAUCCAAUGCAAUUGGGCAUUCGAAUUACACUGCGGUAAAGGAUGGAUUUACCGACCCCAAAACCGAUCAAGCGACAAGAUUUUCCUUCAAGUAUGGCUGUGUGAAAGGCGUAUAUGGGGCGCCUUUUUUCUUUGUAAACGGGUUUCCUCUGCCUGGUGCUGGCUCACCAUUGGACUACAAAGCAUGGAGAAAUAUUCUUGAUCCAUUGAUUUCUCCAGCAGGACAACUGAAGACUGACGCUUUGCAUUUCUUCUUGUGAAUCACUGUAUUUGUACUCUCAUCACCUGAUGGCUGAGCUAGAGAGACAAACUUUUCGCUUAUAUUUACAUAUAAUGACAUAAUUUAUUGCUUCUAUAUCUUAUAGUUAUAGAAAAUGAAAAUACUAAUCUGAUGGUAAAAGUUUUUUUCUGUCUAA